GAUCGCAUGUAAGUAAGUAAAUGAUUUUAGUAAAGGUUUUAGCCUAUUUGAAUUUUCGAAUCUGUAGGAAGAUACGGUUAUCUCUCCUUGGAGAUAAGUCCUAAACACCGUAUAUCGGGUCUCAAUACCCCCGCAUGAAUCAUUAGGUACAUGUGUUAGAGUUGUCCUUAUAGAAAACCAAGGUUCUACUCACUUUAAUAGUUUUGAUUUUUGACUUAUGCUCAGCACCGGUACUCCUAGAUCUUAUGCUCGUCUCCUCCAAGUUAGCCAUACUUAGCUAGUGCUCUCCAUACUAUACUCAACAAGAAAAAUAAAGCGACUUGUAUGCCCAAAUAUUAAGUAGCAAUGUCGGACCGCACGCACGCGGCGUUUUUCUAUGGCACGCUGAUGGCCGCUGAGGUCUUCUUCACGGUCUGUUAUAGGUUUUCCACAGAAAACGUGGCGCUCUUAAAGAGCCUUCAUGAUUUCAAGCCAGCCAUAUUACAUGGUUAUUGCCGGCGUCGAGUUCAAUUUGCAGACUAUCCGGGAAUUACGCCGGACCCAAAUCAUGAGGUCAGAGGGAUGUACGUGACCGGCCUAACAGACGCCAAUAUGUUCCAUCUCGACGCCUUCGAAGGAAGCGAGUAUGAUCGUAAAACGGUCAAGGCCCGUUUACUUUCAAAAGUCGGCGACGAUAAAGGACAGGGCAACGUCGAGGGCGAGGAAGUCGAGUGCGAAGUAUACGUCUUCAAGCAUCCUAAUCAACUAGAGGAUCGCGAGUGGGACUUCGAAGAGUUCCGGACGCAGAAGAUGAAAAAGUGGACAAGAGAAGAUUAUGGCUUCGAAGAGAGCGACCAUUUCGCUCCUCAAGACGUCAAGGACGAUGAAAAGGCGGUUGCUGUUUGAAGGUUAACAGGACCCCAAGCGUUGCAAAGCUCAUCAUCAAUCAGCUCCUAUCUUGAUUUCGAGGACAACAAAGAAUGGCGGUCGAGUUGAAAUUACCGUCAGAAUGCAUAAGGGCUAAUGCGGCAAUAUCUUCAUAACGUCUUUUUUCGCUAGACCAUUGUUCGUCUAAUAGAUAUGCAACGUUACUAAUUCGACCUUUCUUUUCUUGAAAUGACUUAGCUGUAGGGAUUCUCAAUCUCUCAACUUUGCCUAGACCUUGCUGUUGGUAAGCCUGUAAGGUAGGUAAGCCUUGCAGAAUUAGCAGCUACACAAUAAUCGAUUAGACGUUGGCACCAGAGUGGAUCAAUCAAUCGAUAUUCCAGGAUGGAGAACUAUUUGCAGCAGUACAUACAUAGUAUACUAGGUUAGAUAGGCAUGGUGAUGAUGCAUC